AUAAUUAAAAAAAACAGUUUCACAUGAAGACGUAUAGUCAGUGACGUAAUUUCCGGUCCAAACGGAGGAGCAAAUCAAGGCGAUUGACGCGCGAGAUCAUGUAUGAGGGAAAACCGGUUUGCGAAAACAUCGGACGCUGCGGAAAAAAAGUAACUGUCUUCAUGAAGUUUUAAGUGUCGCACACACUCAGCUGCAAACACCGGACACAGAUCCAAGAUGCCCAUCCCUCCCCCUCCACCCCCAGGUGGACCCCCUCCUCCCCCCACUCUUAGCCAGGCAAACACAACCCCUCCUAAGCUAAUCCGAGAUGAAGCGAAGGGCCGAGGUGCAUUGCUCUCUGAUAUCUGCAAAGGGGCCAAGUUGAAGAAAGUUGGCGUUGUCAAUGACAGGAGUGCACCGAUGAUUGAGAAGCCGAAAGGGAGCAGCGGAGGCGUGUCCAGUGGUGGAGGGUCUUCUGCGCCGGUCCAGCCAGUGGGAGGGCUGUUUCAGGGUGGCGUCCCAAAAUUGCGACCUGUAGGAGAUGGUUCUGCAGGCAGGUCUGCAUUGCACCCUUCUAGCACUCGUUCUGCUGCCCCACGCCCACCUGGCAGUCACGAUGACCCCGACAGUCCCUCUCAACAGGCCUCUCCUACAGAGUCUGGCCGUUCCCAGAGACCGUCCCUACCUGAUCUCUCUCGUUCCCCUGGUGGAGGCAGCAGCCCCUCUACAGGCAUGAAGCACAGCUCUUCUGCCCCACCUCCGCCACCCCCAAUGUCUCGGCGUGGAAACGCUCCCCCUGCCCCACAGCAGAAGGCCACAGCGGCCUCGUACAAUCGAGAAAAGCCACUUCCUCCAACUCCAGGCCAGCGAGGACCCUCUCCAGCACCGGUGCGUGAAAACGCACCUCCUCCCCCAGUGAAACCUCCUCCGUCACCUGUGAGCAGCCGCUCGUCUUCAUCCUCCUCUUCCCUGGCCCCGCCGCCCCCCCCUUACCGUCAGCAAUCUGGAGUUUCCAAUGGGCCCUCCAGUCCUGUGAAUGAGGCUGCCCCUGAACUGCCCCAGAGACACAACUCGCUCAGCAAGAAGCCUUCAGCGGGUGGGCACACACCGACACGCGGGCAUGCGCCUCCUCCGCCACCGUCACCCACCCCUCAGGCUGCCAGACCCCCUCCUCCAGCGCGAGAGCCCCCGGGACGAGGAGCAGCCCCUCCAAUUCCUGGGCAGGUGUCACGGAAUGGCCGGGAUGCUCCGCCGCCGCCGCCACCACCGUACAGGACUCACGGUACCACCUCAGAUGUCCCGAGCCGAGGCAAGCCCCCUCCUCCCCCCUCCCGCACACCAGCCGGACCCCCCCCUCCCCCGCCUAUCCGCAAUGGACACACUUCCAUUUCCCGUUCCUUUGUAGAUGAUUUUGAGUCCAAGUAUUCUUUUCAUCCUCUGGAUGACUUCCCUCCUCCAGAAGAGUAUAGACACUUCACUAAGAUAUACCCGAGCAAAGCUAACAGAGUAAUGAGAGGAGCCCCUCCUUUGCCACCUGUUGGGAGGUAAACACUGUGACCAGUCGCUCGGGCUGCAUCGGCGACGAGGGUUCUUCAUACAGACCCAUACGCUCAUAAACAGACAAUCUCACAUGCACAUCUAAAGACACAAAGCUUGCACCUUAUUAACAUCCAUUCCCCCAUUGGAUAACAUUCCUCUACAUUCAAGCAAGCUUCACUUUUGUCCUGCGCGGAGGAUCGUCUUCACUCAGAAAAGAGUGAGAUGUGGGAAAGUUUUGCAUUCCACCAUCAAUAAUGGCCAACUUUAUUUUUUCCCUUGACAUUUCAAGUACCUAGGUAGCACUGCACAUUUGGUUUGAUGUGCACUGAUAGCUAGCAGAGGUGUAAUGGCGUCCGAGCCUGUAUGUAUCUAAUGCGUAGCACUUGAGAUGGGAAGCGGAAAGCACGUCCCUGGAAAAAUGUCUUAACUACCAUGUCAUGUUAAUUGUUUUGUCGUUCGUCUUUUUUCUCUUAGCUGCCACCCAAUGUUAUGCACUGUGAAUAACGCCAGUCGAGCGCGUCUGAGUGUGAACUGAACUGUAAAAACUGCUUUAGAUGCUUGUUCGUUUUUGUCUUUUGUCCUGGUCUUGCCCCUUUUCAGGGAACAGCCAUUACCUUUAAGUUCUCUCAGGGGGUUUGUUGGACUUCAUUACCUUGCGGUAAGUUUGUGAACGAGAGUUCUAACAGGUCCAAAAGUGCCAACAGAUGCUCUGCCAUUAAUAAAUCAGCAUGGCUCCUUCAGUUGUAAAACACAUCCUCCUUUGGGAACCAGUAGUUUUCAUAGUUUGUUCUGAAGAUGAACCACAAGUUUUUAUUUCAGGUUUAAAGUUGUCGUCCAGCAAUACACCUCACAUUUUUCACCUGCAUUGUGAAUCCUGGCUUCCCUGUAAUUGUCCAGUUACAGGACGGCACAGCUAUGCCACUUUAUGUUCAUGACCUGGUUGAAAGCUGAACUUGUCCCAAGCUGCCUACAGACUGGUUUUGCAUCAAAGACUGCCUUUGAGCGAAAAUCGCAAGCAUUUUAACCGUUACGAUACUUGAUUAAGUUCAAUGCAUGCUGCUUAUUUGGACAGACCUCCAAUAUAAACGUUGGGUGUAUUUGCAUGUAAAGCUGCAAAAUCGCUCUAUGUAUUGCUUCAUUUUCCUCUGUUUUUUAACAGUGCAUCUGCUGUUUGGAUGACAGGGCCAUGACUAAGGGUUCUGGAACGGUGGUCUUAUACUACAUAGUAUUGCUGCAGAAAUGUGGUAGCUAGUUAUUUCAUACCAGUCAUGUUCAACUAAUUGUACAAGCUUAGCCAAACAUGCAGAGUCGAGACGCUUUCAAGGCUGGCACUAAUGACGACAUCCAUAUCCAUAUUUGGAGUUUGUUCAGUGUCAUUGUUAGAUCUUCCUGUUUGUAAGUUCAUGUUUAUUCUCCAGAGAAUAGACUACAUUUCAGUUCUGCAGAAGAACUAACAUCUCAUAAAUUGUGUAGAUUAGAUGGAUGAUUAUGAACUUUUUUGCCCCCCUGUGUUGUUCUGCCUUACAUUUGCUGAUUAAUGUGACGGUACAGGAUUAUAAUUUUUUUUUUUUAAAGAAACAAGAAAUUUAAAAAUUGUGUAUUUACAAGAACUUAGAGAGAUAUGGUAGUGAUAGUUAUUAAUCUAUUUUUAAGUUGUAAAAAGCUUGUAAUAUAGUAAAUAAUUUCAGGCAACCAUAGGUUUCAAAUGAAAUCGUGGACUAAUCAUUACUUGAUGGUAAAUCCUCAUCACUGAAUAUUGUUGAGGACAUUUUCUCAGACUAAUAAUUGCAUUUAAUCACCUACUGUCUGCCAGCAGAGGUCAGUGUACAUGUCUUUAGAGGAGCAUAACUUACUCACAUUGAGAGAGAGGAUUGUCAUUGUCAUCAUUCCAUGCUUAACUAAAGCCUGUCCACACCUGUUGAAAUAAAGCUGAGGAAAAACAUG